AUGGCCAUUUGGCCCUUCCGCCGGAGAAGCGGUCGCAAACGCUCACGCAGCGGCGCAAACCUGUCGGAUGUUGAAGCACCACUACCGCAUCAACUGCGAGGUCUCACCACGGACGAACGUGAAGCCACUGAGAGGGGGGCGGCUACGCCGAAGAAGCAGCGUCUCGAGAAGCACCAGCCGCACUCCUACGGCAAGCUGCCCAGACGAGAACGAACGUACAGCUUCUCCCCCGGUCGCAAUGACUCCAUCCGUGUCGCGGGGCAAAGAGACUCGGUUCCACCGGGGCCUGGCGGGCUAGCAGGGCCCUUCCCAGCCGACCAAAAUAACGGAGAAGAAAAAGGGGAUCCCGCAUGGCGGGCGCCAACCCUACAUAAUGCACGCCACGGCCAGCAACAGUCAAAGCCCUCCCGCCGCAAGACAAGCAAGAGGAGGAAAGCUGAGACGGAUCGUGAGGCCGAAAUCAAGGCCAUGGCAAACUUCGCCCCGGUACGGCCGGCGGCCGACCCUUGGACGUCAGGACGGCCCAUCAGGAAGCAAAGCAAAAGACUCAAGACCGGCCUCGGCUUCCGCAGGAGCUUCGAAAACCCGCAAUCCGACGUAUCGCUACCGAUGUCGAUCCACUCGAGCAUGUCGUCCGACACCGAGCUGCACUCCUUCAAGGUGUCUACCCUCGAGGCAUUAGCACCCCGACCGACGCUACGAUAUACCGUCUACCCACGAUGGGGGCCCGGCAGCAGUUCAACGCCAGCGCGCCCACAACAAAAGAGAAAAGUAUCAGAGAGGGUUCCCGAGUCAGUAGUGGGAGCGCACAAGAGGGUCGACAGUUUUGCCGACGACUUGGACGCUGCUGAUUUGAGGGAACUGAUGGAACGGGAUAACAGGAGGAGAGAGAGGAAACGACAAAGAGACCAGGAGCGGAUCGAACGAAGACUGGCACGGAGGGCCGAGAAGCAGCGCGAGAUGGAGGCCGAAGCCAGGCACAGCGGCUCGCCGCCGCCAGUCAACCUAGAGCGCGGAGUGAUGGGCCGCGAGAUGGGACUGGGAAUCGACGCAGCGUCGGCAGUGGUGACGUCCUCGCGGAGACGUUCGUGGAGCUCAUCCCGACACUCGCAAAGGAUAUCGACAAUUCAAGAUCCGGACUCGCGCCCGGAACUGAUGGAGAUCGAGCCGGAACCGGAAGCAGUCCACCACUUUCACCGAACGACGAGCAUCCCUCCCGAGGCGCCGCCGUCGCCAACGCUGCCCGUGCAGCCGGUUCCCGAGCGCAAGCCCAGUACCAAGGUUACCCCCAAGGGCAGCAUGAGAUUGAGACGGAGUUUCCUGCGAAAGAUGUCGAGGUCAAGGUCGCCCAACGCGACGGAAUCGGAACAGAACGCAGUGUCGCAGUACUCAUCGAGACAGGACGAGGGCGAGACCCCGCGGAAGAACUCCGAGUCCAGCAGCCGCCCUCGCAUCUCCUUCUCGGCCCUGUUCCGGCUUGGAAAGAGGAACAGGAGAAACUCGGGCCCGUCGUCGUUUUCAAACACGUCGCGCGAGGAGAUGCAGGCGGCAGCUGCUGCCCAAGCACAGAUGCAAGCGCAGAUGCAACAACAGCAAGAAGCAGCACAGGCGCUAACGCAAACGAUACCGCCCCCGAUAAACUACAUUCCUCGCAAGGUCAGCAACGGCGUUCCCAAGCGGACUAGAUCCCGCUUCAGGGAGGACCUCCCUGAGCUACCCCUCAGCCCUCCCGACUCGCGCGUGGGGUCGCCGGAAGUGGAAGCGCCUCUGCCUGUUGUCUCAGAGUCCAACUCUGGAGAAAACACCCUUCAGGAUGCCCCGGCCGUGAGGCACGACACUCCCACAUCAGACCUGCGACGCGUCGACGAGAAGAUGGAGAAACUCGAAAAGAUGAGGCAAACCCCGACGUCGAUGCGACACAGCAUCCAGCCGUCGCCCGAGCCCGUGUCCCUCGCAUCCAUCGAUUCCGAGGGUUCAUGGCUCUCUGGCCGCGUCGGCGCCCGCCGCUCCUCAGGAAUGCGCGGCAGCAUGCAGCGACUCCCGCCGCAGAUUGCCGCGCGUACGCCCUCGCCAGACGGCACCGAGGAGGAGCUGGCCGACGACGAGUAUCUGUCGAACCUGGCCACGCCCUCGCGCGUGGUGCACGACGACGACGAGCGCACGCCGCGCAAGUCGACCGGCGACGCGUUCCCGAGCAGCGACGAGGACGAGAUGAUGGAGGCAGCCGACAUGAAGUGGGGGUCGGUUGAGAACCAGCGCGCCACAGUCGUGCAGCAUCAGAGAAUCAGCAGCCGCCAGGGCAUGCUCAACUCGUUCCACGAGGACAGCACGUCGCCUGAGGUGUCGGACAGCGAGGCGCCCAAGCUCCAACGCGCCACGAGCGUUAGCCUCAGCAGGGGCAAUGCCAGGCAUGUGAGCUCGGGGAGCGCAAAGAUGCUCGAGGUUUCGCCCCGCUCGAGCAUGGACCAGAGGAGCACUGAUGCAGUGUUCUGA